AUGGCGCCCUCGUCGGUCGCCGCUCAGCGGACAGAGGAAGCCCGGGCUCUCGCGGCGAAGGACCCCUCAAAGGCAGAGAGCAUCUAUAAAGAUAUUCUUGCUCAAGGCCCAGGGACGACAGAGGCUUCAUCGCGUGAUUAUGAAAGUGCAUUGGUUGGGCUGGGAGGGCUCUACCGGGAUACGAAGAAGCCGCAUGAGAUUGCAGAGCUCAUUAAGACCAGCCGUACUGCAUUCUCGUCAUUUGCUAAGGCAAAGACGGCCAAGCUCCUUCGCCAGCUCUUGGACCUAUUCAGCGAAAUCCCCAACACGCUCGAUAUCCAAAGUGACGUGAUCAAAUCAAGCAUAGACUGGGCCAUCUCAGAGCGACGAUCUUUCCUUCGACAAAACCUCCAGACUCGUCUGGUUGCCAUUCACAUGCAGAAGCAAGCCUACUUCGACGCCCUUAAUCUCAUCACCCCCCUUCUCCGCGAACUCAAGCGCCUGGAUGACAAACUUGCAUUGGUCGAGGUGCAGCUGUUGGAAUCUCGCGUGUAUCAUGCCCUGGGUAACCAAACUAAGGCACGUGCAGCCUUGACGGCAGCCCGAACAUCGGCUGCGUCGGUCUACACGAACCCUAACCUACAGGCUGGUUUGGAUAUGCAGAGCGGUAUGCUACAUGCGGAGGAUAAGGACUUUCAAACUUCAUUCUCCUACUUUAUUGAAGCUAUGGAAGGAUAUAGCUCGCUCGACGAGACUGACAUGGCAACCGCGGCUCUCCAAUACAUGUUGCUCUGCAAGAUCAUGUUGAAUUCGGUGGAUGACGUUACGAAUUUGCUGGGAUCGAAGUCGGCACAGAAGUACGCGAGUCCGCGGCUCGAGGCCAUGAAGGCCGUCGCUCGUGCCCACGCCAACCGCUCUCUCGAGGAAUACGAGAAAUCACUCUCGAACUACAGGUUCGAGCUUGGCAGCGAUGUAUUUAUUCGAAACCAUCUCCGGAGACUGUACGAUGCCAUGUUGGAGCAGAAUCUAAUCAAGGUUAUUGAGCCUUUUAGUCGUGUGGAAUUGGUCCAUGUUGCCAAGUUGGUCGGGUUGGAUACACAACAAGUGGAGAGAAAGCUGUCUCAGAUGAUUCUGGACAAGGUGAUCAUUGGCGUGUUGGAUCAGGGUUCCGGAUGUCUUAUCAUCUAUGAUGAGACUCAUCGUGACCAAGCUUACGAUUCUGCACUGGACACUGUUGCGAAGUUGAGCAAUGUAGUGGAAGCACUGUACACUAACCAGGCUUCGCUGCUGGACCCCAACUACGCCCGUGGUAUCCCCCAGCGGUCUCCUGCUACGCCUCGUCGCGGUCCUCCCGGCCCAGCCAUGAUGCCGAUGCCGAUGCCCCAACAGCCUGUCAAUCCUCAAUACAUGCCUGCUCAGCGCAGCAUGCCACACCCCAACGAUGCCGUCCUGCGUCGCAGCCGCAAACCCACCGAUAAGAACAUCCCGGAUGGCGUUGAAGAUGUUGUGAUCGGUGAGGGAGUGCCGCAAUACAAGAGCCUACGCGAUCUGGAGAAGCGUCUGGAUGCCUCCAUUGUCCGCAAGAGACUGGACAUCCAAGAUUCGAUCAGCAAAACGGUAAAGAAGUACCGGACAAUGCGCAUUUGGAUAUCCAACACUGUCGAGAACCAGCCGUGGCAGGAUGCUGCAGGUGAGCCAGGGAGUACACCCGGCUCGGGACGGUACAAGGUGAAGAUUGAAGGACGGUUGCUGGACGGUGACAACGACGAGUCUACGCCUUCCGAUGAUUCUGACGAGGAUGAAGUUAAGGAAGAAAAGGGCGAUAAAAUGGAACACGAUGGAGAGAAACCUGAGGAUAAAAAGGAGUCCAGUCGACCCAAGCAGCGGUUUUCGCAAUUCUUCAAGACCAUCACCGUUGACUUUGACAAAUCAUCGUCGGUUACCCCGGAGGAGAUGAGAACUAUUACUUGGAACAAGCCGCAAUUACCACCGAAUGGCACGGCCUCUUUGCCUGCUAACGCGGACUUUGACUGUCUGCAGUUCUCCCGCGGCUCGCAGGACAAUUUAAAUACCACCGUCAGUCUCAUCCGUGAUGAGACGCCUGAGCGGUUCAAGCUGAGCAAGGAGCUUGCGAAUGUUCUGGAUACUGAGGAGGAAACACGAAGCGGGAUUGUCUUGGGUAUCUGGGACUAUAUCCGUGCCAUGGGCCUACAAGAGGACGAGGAAAAGCGUCAAGUACGCUGUGAUGAUCGUCUGCGGGCAAUCUUUGGCCGCGACAUCAUGUUUUUCCCCCAAAUCCCCGAAAGUAUCGGCCCGCACACCUCCCCCAUGGACCCCAUCAAACUCCCCUACACCAUUCGCGUCGACGAAGACUACCACAAAGACCCCACCCCCACAAUUUACGACAUCCAAGUCGCAGUCGAAGACCCCCUGCGCACAAAAAUGCUCACUCUAACCCAAAACCCGCAAUACACCGCCGGCAUGCGCCAGAUCGCCUCCCUGGACGACCAAGUCGCACUCAUCGUGCAGGGACUUACGCACUCGCGCGCUAAACACUCCUUCUACACCGCUCUGUCCAAGGACCCUGCCAACUUUGUCAAGCGCUGGAUUAACUCCCAGCGCAGAGACAUGGAGACUAUCCUGGGCGAGGCGACCCGGGGCGGUGGGGAGGAUGGUAGUGGGCCGGAGUUCAGACGUGGUGGUUCUGAGGGUGCUUGGGAUACGCCCGUAGCGAGGGAGGCCGUGAAGUAUAUGCUGGCUAAGCCGGAGGCUAUGGGGCUUAGGUAG